UCGCGGUUGCUACGAGACGGCGAGGCGCGAGCGCGCUGCCAUAGCAACUCAACGGCGGCGGGCCGCCUCGUCCCUUUCGAGAAAGAGCGCGAGGGAGGGCGAGGGGUUUAAAAGCCCCGGCGAGUUCUCUUAGCUUUCUGGUUUUGGACCUAGUACAACCAUGCCUGUUCCAGAUGUUAUGUUCUGUGCGCAGCAGAUCCAUGUUCCUCCUGAAUUGCCAAAUAUUAUGAAACAAUUUACCAAGGCUGCUAUCAGGACCCAACCGCGUGAUGUACUUCAGUGGUCUUAUGCGUAUUUCUAUGCUUUGUCAAAUGGAGAGCCUCUUCCUGUGAAGGACCGCCUUGAAAGGCCAGUAGCCACACAGAAAAAUGACACUGGUCUGACUCCAGGACUCCUUAAAAUUUUGCAUAAACAGCUCUCUGAAAAGGAAACUGUGGAAGUAUCAGACCUUCAGAGAAAGUGGAAAAACUUGUGCUUGCCAAUGGAACAGCUCCGCAACCUUCUUCGACUGGGCAAUUUUUUAGAAGGAGUGGAAUGGAUGAAGUUCUUUGCCCUUGCAUGUAGUGCUCUUGGUGGGUCCUUACUCAGUUCUAUGAAACAUGCCUGUGAAAUUCUUACAAAUGAUCCAGAAGGUGGAGCAGCCCGCAUUCCAUAUGACACUUUCGCAUUUAUCUAUAGCUACUUGGCUAGCUUAGAUGAGGAGAUAACAGAGGAAUCCACUGAGAAAUUCCUGAAGGGUCUUAAAGAACAAGUGUCACGCAAGGAAUAUAUGGUUGGAGUUGCAGAUUUCCGCAAAUGAAACCUUAAAUCAGGACUUAACAGAACGUGGAAUAACAUUACAUUAUCUGACAUAAAGUACAGAUUUUUAAAGUUAAUAAUAUGCUA